CAUUUUUCACGGAGAAUCAUCAAAGGGGCUUUCUUCAUUCCGUAUGUUUUGUUCUUGUUCACCUGUGGAAUGCCACUCUUCUUCCUCGAGACAUCGUUGGGCCAGUACACAAGUCAUGGUGGAAUAACGUGUUGGAGGAAAAUCUGCCCUCUAUUUGAAGGUCUGGGUUAUGGAAGCCAAGUGGUGACUUUGUACACUGGCGUGUAUUACAUCAUCAUACUGGCGUGGGCAUUUCUCUAUCUGUUUUCAUCCUUCAGCUCUGAGCUUCCGUGGGCGAGCUGCAACAACAGCUGGAACACAAAAAGCUGUUUGGACUCCAGUCCCAAUCAAACAUCCUUACUGUUCGUGUCUGGAAACAGAACAUCUUCUGUUGUAGAAUUUUGGGAGAGGAGAAUCUUGGGUCUGUCCAGUGGAAUUGAGAAACUGGGACAUAUUCGUUGGGACUUGGCUCUUUGUCUACUCCUUGCCUGGGUACUGUGCUACUUCUGUAUCUGGAAUGGAGUGAAGUCCACAGGGAAGGUGGUCUACUUCACUGCCACAUUCCCAUAUGUGAUGCUGGUAGUGUUGCUUGUUCGUGGUCUCACGUUACCAGGGGCUAAAGACGGGAUUAAGUUCUACCUCUACCCAGACAUAUCCCGCCUCGUCGAUCCAGAGGUAUGGAUGGAUGCCGGCGGCCAGAUUUUCUACUCCUUUGGAGUUUGUACAGGAGUUCUGACGUCUCUGGGGAGUUACAACAAACACAACAACAACUGUUAUAAAGACUGCGUUUACCUGUGCCUGUUGAACAGCCUCACCAGCUUUGUAGCUGGCUUUGCCAUCUUUUCUGUGCUCGGUUUCAUGGCAAAUGAGCAAGGUGUGGAUAUAUCGAUGGUGGCUGAGUCAGGUCCAGGUUUGGCAUUUAUUGCCUAUCCUCGAGCUGUGGUGCUAAUGCCACUGCCUCAGCUUUGGGCUGUUGCUUUCUUCAUUAUGAUCAUCUUUCUGGGAUUAGACAGUGAGUUUGUUUGUCAAGAGGCAUUGGUAACGAACAUCUCUGACAUGUAUCCCUCAAUCUUUCAAAGCAACUGUCGAAGGAAACUCCUCCUUCUUGCAAUCAACACUGGGAGUUUCUUAAUCGGCCUUUUCAUGGUUACUGAGGGAGGCCUUUAUAUUUUCCAGCUCUUUGACCACUACGCCUGUAGUGGGAUGACACUCCUGUUCUUUGCUGUUCUUGAAUCUGUGUGCAUGGGCUGGGUCUAUGGGGCAGAUCGCCAGUAUGACAACAUUAAGGACAUGAUUGGAUAUCGACCUUGGCCUUUUAUGAAAUACUGCUGGCAGUACUUCACCUCAGCAAUCUGCACUUGUACGUUGCUCUUCGCCGUGGUCAGAUAUACUCCGCUUAAAUUCAACAACACGUAUGAAUAUCCCUGGUGGGGCUACGCCUUAGGAGGAUUUCUUGCUCUGUCUUCGACUCUUUUUGUUCCUCUGUGGAUGUUGUAUGCCGUGAGUGUCACUCCUGGAACCCUGAGACAGAGACUGGAAGUUCUGUGCAGUCCAGCAAAGGACCUCCCCGUGCCAUCGAGGAAAGCAUCAAAUCGUGAAGCUUUCCAGACAUUUACAGGCUUGUACACUCUCCGCAAUACAGAAAACCCUGACCACAGAGACAGCAGUGUCCAGAGAACGUCUUUUAUUUGAGUUGCAACACAACACAGAGAGAGACAGAGUGUGCUCAGUGUGUUCAUAUCUUUCAGUCAGCAGCAUAUUUACCUCUGACAAAGUUGUGUAAAAAAAAAAAAAUAAUCUAAACUUCAGGACAUAAAGUGUAUUGACACUGUGGUAAAACUUAGCAGCCGUGGGAGUUCUGUUACAGAAGAUGUUGGAAUAAGAAGGAUUAUUGCUUAUUAAAAUUUAUAAGAAUUGA